AGUCCCUCUGUUUCCUCUGCAAUUCUCCUGCAGUCAGGAGCACACACAAUGGGGCAGAGCAGAACCAGAAUGCUGAGGACCCUUCUCCUUGCCAGCCUUCUGCACCUCACACUGACCUAUGACCAGGUAUUUCUUGAUCAGAAGCAAGCACUCUCCUUGCUGAAGCGCCCAAGACGAGCCAACAAGGGAUUCCUGGAAGAGAUGCGCAAAGGCAAUCUAGAACGGGAGUGUCUAGAAGAAAUUUGCAGCUAUGAGGAGGCCCGAGAAGUCCAUGAGUCUACUAUCCAAACAGAUAUAUUCUGGACACAAUACACAGUGUGUAAGUCUCGGAGGCAGCACAGAGCAGCUCUUGAUGAGUGUCUAAAUGGUGACUGUGCCCAAGAUGUGGGGCAGAAUUAUAGGGGAUCUGUUUCAUUCACCAAGUCGGGAAUUGAAUGCCAGUACUGGUCCAGCAAAUUUCCUCACAAGCCGGAGUUCAACACAACAACCCAUCCAGGUGCCAACCUCACUGACAACUACUGUAGGAAUCCAAACAACAAUGCAAAAGGGCCCUGGUGCUACACCCGAGACCCAGUAGUGAGAGCAGAAGAGUGUGCUGUGCCUGUGUGUGGUGAGAAUCGGACCACAGUUCCAUUUUCUCCAAGGCCCCCGGUCCAAGACAUAAAGGAUCAGCAACCAUGUGUGUCUAAUAAGGGACUGCAGUAUACUGGGACCCUCUCUGUCACCCUCUCUGGGGCCCGGUGCUUGCCGUGGGCCUCAGAACAGGCAAGAGCACUGAGCCAUGGACAACCAUUCCUGAGUUAUGUCAAUCUAGUGGAGAAUUAUUGUCGCAACCCAGAUGAUGACGAGGAAGGUGUCUGGUGCUACAUAAACCAUCCUAACAUGACCUAUGACUAUUGUGACUUAAACUACUGUGAAAGUUUUCUUGAUGAUGUGGAUGAUAUGGAUGAAGAACAAAGAGCCGGCCGGACUGUUGUUCAAGAACACAAAACCUUCUUUGAUCCUAAAACGUUUGGUCAAGGAGAAGCAGAUUGUGGUACACGUCCUCUGUUUGAGAAAAAGAAGAUAAGUGAUAACACUGAGAAGGAGCUACUGGAUUCCUAUCUGGGAGGCCGAAUUGUGAAAGGAUCAGAUUCUGAAUUAGGCAGUGCCCCAUGGCAAGUGAUGCUAUUCAGGAGGAGCCCACAGGAACUGCUAUGUGGGGCCAGUCUCAUCAGUGAUCGCUGGGUCCUAACUGCUGCGCAUUGUAUCUUCUACCCACCCUGGGAUAAGAACUUCACUAAAGAUGACCUCCUUGUACGGAUUGGAAAAUACAACAGGAAGAUCUAUGAGAGGAACAUGGAGAAAAUUGUCAUGCUGGAGAAAAUCAUAAUUCACCCCAAAUACAACUGGAAGGAGAAUCUGGACCGGGACAUUGCGCUGUUGCUCCUAAAGAAGCCCAUUCCCUUCAGUGACUAUAUACAUCCAGUCUGUUUGCCCACCAAGGAGAUUGUUCAAAGCUUGAUGCUAUCAGGAUACAAAGGGCGUGUGACUGGUUGGGGAAACCUGUUUGAGACUUGGACCUCUGGUGGGGCACCUCUGCCCAGCAUACUGCAGCAGGUGAAUCUCCCUAUUGUGCCUCAGGACACUUGUAGAGCAUCCACCAAGAUUAAAAUUACAGACAACAUGUUCUGUGCAGGGUACAGUCCUGAGGAUUCUCAAAGAGGAGAUGCAUGUGAAGGUGACAGCGGGGGCCCUUUUGUCAUGAAGAGUCCAACAGAUAAUCGAUGGUAUCAGGUGGGUAUUGUCUCAUGGGGAGAAGGCUGUGAUCGUGAUGACAAAUAUGGAUUCUACACCCAUGUGUUCCGCUUGAAGAAAUGGUCGCAAAAGGUUACUGAAAAAUAUGGGCGUUAAGGAAUUUAAGCUCAGCAACUGUACCACAGUUUAUAGAUUAUGUGUAUCAAUCAACUAUGACUAACUAAAAGCCUAAGGAAGGAAACAUCUUUGCACAAACCUCAAUAAAGGUUCUGGACCAAGUA